AUGAUUCGACAUGGCGAGAAGCCUCGGAAUCCAUACGACCAUGGCUUGACCCCGGAUGGGGUCAAGCGGGCACAGUGUCUGAGACAUGUCUUCGGUCAAGACUCCAAGUACAACAUUGGGCACAUCAUGGCGCCUCGGGUGGAGUGGGACGGCGCACAUGGACGUGCGUUUGAGACCGUUCUACCUCUUGCCAAAGAUCUCGGUCUCACGGUUGACACACACUGCAGGCGCAACAAAGUGAAAUGCGUGGCUAGGGCGAUCAGAUCGUAUGGUGGACCGGGCAACAUUUUGAUUGCAUGGCGGCACUCGACUAUGGGCGGGAUUGAGGAGGAGCUUGGUUCUUUAGAGCCUAUUGAAUAUCCGGAUGAGAGAUUCGACCUCAUUUGGACAGAUCCUUGGCCGUAUGGGGAUGUGAAGAGUAUCAAAAGCGAGGAAUGUCCUGGACUAGAUGUCAGGACUGGCCUCGUAGAUCAGGAAACGAUUAUGGACGAUAUCGAGGAACGGCUGCGCAGCCAUGCGCAGGCAUUUGACGGUCUGCUGUCUUUGAUCCCCGCCAAAUACUAUUAUGGCGAAGAAGACACAAGUGAUCAAUGGCAACGCAAAAAGCAAACCAAAGAACAAGCACGCGAGGCGAAGCGGGCGAAGCUAAACCCAGAAGCCGCCAAGACCGCCAAAGACGUGAUGGAUGAAAAUGCACGCAAGCGAAAGCGGGAGGACGGCACCCUCGAGUCCGACUCGUCCGACGGAGAAAUGGGCACAGAGCUGCCUAGGGAAGGACUGAACCGCGGAACCGCCAAUAUCAAGAAGCAAAAGCAGGUUGAGAAGACCGAUAAGCCAGACGCUGCCAAGGCAGCUGAGGCUGAGGCAAGGAAAAAGCAAAAGGAAGAGAAGAAGGCCCAGAAGAAGGCCGCCCAAAUGGAGAAAAAAAAGGCCAAGGAUGCUGCCCGGAAGGAGAAAUCUCAGCAGGGCAAAAAGCUGUCGACCAUCCCAACUGAGGAUUCGGAAAAAUCUGCAACCAAGCCUAACGGCAAUGCUGCCAAGGACACUGAAGCGUCCGAGGAUGAGGAGGAUGAAGACCACGAAGAUGACGGUGUUGUUGAGAAAGGGUUCUCCAUUGAGUUCAACGUCGAAGCGGAAACCCCUUCUUCUGCCCCCUCUAUCACCGACUCUCCUAGCCUCGAUGCUUCAAAUUCGCAAUCCGGCACCUCCUCAAUUUCCUCAAUCGUUCCUCCCUCCGCCUCCACCGAAGCCAAAUCCUCAGAGCCCAAACCUCUCAAGCACACACCCGAAGAGCUGAAGCAGCGUCUACAGAAGCGUCUGGAUGAGCUUCGGGCCAAGCGUCACGCUGAUGGACUCAACGGCAAGCCUGCACGCAACCGUCAAGAGCUAAUCGAAGCCCGCCGACAAAAGGCCGAGCAAAGAAAGGCACACAAGAAAGAAUUGCGUGAAAAGGCAAAGAUUGAGGAAGAAAAGAAGAACGACGAGGCCAUGGCCCGCCGCUUCUCACCCGGUGGUUCUGGAUCGCUCCUCGCCUCCCCCCGCUCUCCCGCCGAGUCCAUCGGUUCCGCCAGCAACAACUUCUCCUUUGGCCGUGUGAUGUUCACAGACGGCCAGCAGACAGAUAUCACUGGAACCAACGUGCGCGAAAAGCCGAAGACCAGUGGCGCCCGUGACCCGGCUUCCCAGCUCAAGGCUGUCGAGGCCAAGAAGGCCCGCCUCGAAGGGAUGGACCCUGCCAAGCGUGCUGAUGUUGAAGACAAGGACCUCUGGCUGAACGCCAAGAAGCGUGCUCACGGUGAGCGUGUCCGCGACGAUACCUCUCUGCUGAAGAAGGCCCUCAAGCGCAAGGAGACUGCCAAGAAGAAGUCUGCGCGAGAGUGGAGGGACCGUAUUGACACCGUCGCCAAGUCCAAGGAACAACGUCAAGCCAAGCGCGAUGAGAACCUUCGCAAGCGCCGAGACGACAAGGGCACCAAGGGCGGCAAGAAGAAGUCCAGCAGCAGUGGAAAGAAGAAGGCUGCUCGUCCUGGAUUCGAAGGCAGCUUCAAGGGUGGUGGCAAGAACAAAUAA